UAGAAGUCGUAAAAGGUACAGUUAUAAAUUCUAAACAUUUUGAGUACAUAUUGUUACUGUAGUUGUUGAGAAAACUAUGUACCAGCGUGUUCACCAAACACCAAACAUCAGUCAAGAAUAAAUUCAUGUUAUCACUUGAUGUAUCAUCAUUAUUCACUAAUAUUCCACUACUUGAAACGGUUGAAUUUAUUUGCAAUGAACUAACGGCGAUACGCAUAGAAACCCCGAUUCCCGCAUGCGCGAUAAAGCAGUUAAUUCUUAGGUGCACUAUGAACGUCCAAUUCAGAUUUGACAAUGAAUACUAUAGACAACUAGAUGGAGUCGCCAUGGGAUCACCAUUAGGCCCUCUGCUGGCUAACAUUUUCCUUGCAAAACCGGAAAAUGGACCACUUAAAAGUACAAUUACCCAUUUACCAACUUAUUAUCGCUAUAUAGAUGAUACCUUCAUAGUAUUAGAGAAAGAAAAUGAUAAGCACAAUUUACUUAAUAUAUUUAAUAACGUUCACCCAUCAAUUAACUUUACAUCAGAAGAUUAACAGAAUAAUAGCAUAUAUUUUCUAGAUGUCCAACUAACUAGAAGAACAG